AUGUCUCUGAGCGGUGCCUUCAGGGCUGUGGGCAAUGACCCUGGGAUCAUCACCUGGAGAAUUGAGAAAAUGGAGCUGGUGCUGGUGCCUCUGAGUGCUCACGGCAGCUUCUAUGAGGGGGACUGCUACAUCAUCCUCUCGACCCGGAAGGUGGGCAGCCUCCUCUCCCAGGACAUUCACUUUUGGAUCGGGAAGGACUCCUCCCAGGACGAGCAGAGUUGUGCAGCCAUCUACACCACGCAGCUGGAUGACUACCUGGGAGGCGGCCCCGUGCAGCACCGGGAGGUCCAGUACCACGAGUCCGACACCUUCCGCGGCUACUUCAAGCAGGGCAUCAUUUAUAAAAAGGGGGGAGUGGCCUCUGGGAUGAAGCAUGUGGAGACCAAUGCCUAUGACGUGAAGCGGCUGCUACACGUAAAGGGGAAAAGAAACAUCAGGGCCACUGAGGUGGAAAUGAGCUGGGACAGUUUUAACCGAGGUGACGUCUUCUUGCUGGACCUGGGGCUGGUCAUCAUCCAGUGGAACGGCCCGGAGAGCAACAGCGGGGAGCGACUCAAGGCUAUGCUUCUGGCAAAGGACAUUCGGGACAGGGAGCGGGGAGGCCGCGCUGAGAUCGGAGUGAUUGAGGGAGACAAGGAGGCAGCCAGCCCAGAGCUGAUGACGGUCCUUCAGGACGCCCUUGGCCGACGCUCCACCAUCCAGCCUGCAGUUCCUGAUGAGAUCAUGGAUCAGCAGCAGAAAUCAAAUAUCAUGUUGUAUCAGGUCUCGGAUGCAGCUGGGCAGCUAGCGAUCACAGAGGUGGCCACAAGGCCCCUGGUCCAGGACCUACUGAGCCAUGAUGACUGCUACAUUCUGGACCAAAGUGGAGCCAAGAUCUACGUGUGGAAAGGCAAAGGAGCCACAAAGGUGGAGAAACAGGCAGCCAUGUCCAAAGCCCUGGACUUCAUCAAGAUGAAGGGUUACCCCAGCAGCACCAACGUGGAGACCGUCAACGAUGGUGCCGAGUCAGCCAUGUUCAAACAGCUGUUCCAGAAAUGGUCAGUGAAGAACCAGACCACAGGCUUGGGGAAAAUAUUCAACAUUGGUAAAAUCGCUAAAGUUUUCCAGGACAAGUUUGAUGUGACUCUCCUACACACCAAGCCCGAAGUGGCGGCCCAGGAGAGGAUGGUGGAUGACGGCAGUGGGAAAAUGGAGGUCUGGAGAAUUGAGAACCUGGAGCUGGUCCCCGUGGAACAGCAGUGGUAUGGCUUCUUCUACGGGGGAGACUGCUAUCUGGUUUUCUACACGUAUGAGGUGAACGGGAAGCCCCAUUACAUCCUGUACAUCUGGCAGGGCCGCCAUGCCUCCCAGGAUGAGCUGGCAGCCUCGGCUUACCAGGCGGUGGAGGUGUCCCGGCAGUUUGACGGGGCCCCAGUGCAGGUUCGGGUGAGCAUGGGGAAGGAGCCACGCCACUUCAUGGCCAUCUUCAGAGGAAAGCUGGUUAUCUAUGAGGGCGGGACUUCCAGGAAGGGAAAUGCAGAGCCUGACCCUCCGGUAAGACUCUUCCAGAUCCAAGGAAACGACAAAUCCAAUACCAAAGCAGUGGAGGUCUCGGCCUUCGCUUCCUCGCUAAACUCCAACGACGUCUUUCUGCUGCGAACUCAGACAGAACACUACCUGUGGUAUGGCAAGGGGUCUAGUGGGGACGAGCGGGCAAUGGCUAAGGAGCUGGUCGAGCUUCUCUGCGACGGCAACGCAGACGCUGUGGCUGAGGGCCAGGAGCCACCUGAGUUCUGGGACCUUCUGGGAGGAAAAGCACCCUAUGCUAAUGACAAGAGGCUGCAGCAAGAAAUUCUGGACGUCCAGGUCCGGCUCUUCGAAUGUUCCAAUAAGACUGGCCGGUUCCUUGUUACUGAGGUCACAGACUUCACCCAGGAUGACCUGAACCCAGGUGACGUGAUGCUCCUGGAUACCUGGGACCAGGUGUUCCUGUGGAUAGGAGUCGAGGCCAACGCCACGGAGGAGGGGGCCCUCUCAACUGCCCAGGAGUACCUGGUAACUCACCCCAGUGGCCGAGACCCCGACACACCGAUCCUGAUCAUCAAGCAGGGAUUUGAGCCUCCUACCUUCACAGGCUGGUUCCUGGCAUGGGACCCUCACAUUUGGAGCGCAGGAAAAUCAUACGAGCAGUUAAAGGAGGAGCUGGGAGACGCUGCUGCGAUCGUGCGAAUCACCGCUGACAUGAAAAAUGCAACCCUCUCCCUGAAUUCUAAUGAAAGUGGGCCAAAGUAUUACCCUAUAGAAGUUCUACUGAAAAGUCAGAACCAGGAGCUGCCUGAGGAUGUGAACCCUGCCAAAAAGGAGAAUUACCUCUCGGAACAAGACUUUGUGUCCGUAUUUGGCAUCACAAGAGGGCAAUUUACCGCUCUGCCUGGCUGGAAGCAGCUCCAGCUGAAGAAAGAAAGGGGGCUUUUCUAAAGCCAGGCAUGUCUGCUGUCCGACCACAGGAGAGAGCAAGCACACGGUGCCAACAUCA